AUGUAUGACCUGCAGCCAGAAAUACAGGUGUCUGCACAGACAGACCUUGUUUUGCCGCCUGUCUCUGGAAGCACAGAAGUUCGUGUCUCUCUUUGUACAAGCGGGGUGGCGCAGAGCUCCCGCAGCGGGGGUCGCCCCUCGCCGGCCUCGGCGGGGGCCCGGCCCGGCGCUCGCCGCCUGCCCCCCCCCGGAAAGGGCUUGUCCCAGUCAGCCUUGCCCUACAGACGCAGCGUGCCGACGUGGCUGAAACUUACUUCUGAUGAUGUAAAGGAACAGAUCUACAAGCUGGCUAAAAAAGGCCUGACUCCCUCACAAAUUGGUGUGAUCCUGAGGGAUUCCCAUGGUGUUGCCCAGGUUCGCUUUGUUACUGGCAACAAAAUUUUGAGAAUCCUUAAAUCAAAGGGACUGGCCCCAGACCUUCCAGAGGAUCUUUAUCACUUGAUUAAGAAAGCUGUUGCUGUUCGCAAACAUCUUGAGAGAAACAGAAAGGAUAAAGAUGCCAAGUUCCGCCUGAUUCUGAUUGAAAGCAGAAUCCACAGGUUGGCUCGCUACUACAAAACUAAGAGAGUGCUGCCGCCUAAUUGGAAGUAUGAAUCAUCGACAGCUUCUGCCCUGGUCGCAUAAGAGCUGGCUAUGACUUACUGAAAGAAUAAAUUUUCAUUAACUAA